AUGUUGGGCGGAAAAUAUUUAAACUUAAAACUUUUCAGCGAAAAAAAGGAUGCCUUAACACGUAUUCCCUCUGAAAAUACUACACAAAAAAAUAAUAAGACACAAUUUGAGACCAUGCAAACCAAUGAUAAUAUAAAUCACGAUCAAAGAAAGCCAUAUAGCAGAGAUAAAAGAAUUAUACAUGAAGGAUGGCUAAAUAAAUGGACUAAUAUAAUAGGGAAUUAUAGACCUAGGUAUUUUGUUUUAGAAAAUGGAAUUUUACGAUAUUCAAUUGAUAAAUAUUUACCAACAAAAGAAACUUUUGUUCUAUCUCAUUGUAAAAUAAGAGUAUGUCCUGGUGACCCUUUACAUUUUGAGAUUGAUACAAUUGAACAAGGGGUAUUAUAUUUAAAAGCGAAUUUGCCAGAAGAUAAACACAAAUGGUAUAUCUCUUUUAAAAGGGCUCAACUUAAUUAUGCACAAGGAAGUUAUGCUCACAAUAAAAAACAAAAUUAUAUUCAUCUUAAUAAUUUAAAUACUUCAACAAAUUCUGAAUUUUUAAAAAACAUAAUUAAAAAUACUAAUGAAUAUAGGAAAAGACAGUCGAUAAAUUAUGUUUUGAAAAAUAAUGAAUAUCCAAAUUCUCCAAAUUUACCAUUACGCAAUGAAGAACUAAAGGAAAUAAACCCUACAACAACAAUUUUAGGAAAAAUUAAUGAAGAAGGUUUCGAUGAUGCUAUUAGUGGUAAUAGCAAUAGGAGUGAUAUUAAUUUGGAGGGAGUUCAAAGAGAAAUAAAGGGGCAACCAAUUCAAGGGAAUGGUUCUGAGUUUUGCGUACCUAAUUGUGAAACACAAGAAAUAAAAAUAGAUAAAGAAAAGGAGAAUGUUGGGGGAAAAAUAAGAAAUAAAAUGAAGGAUAGAAUAAAAAAUAUUGAAGAGUUGUUUAUAAACUCUACUGAUUUCGAAGAUAAAAAUCCAACACUUUGUCUCAUGGAAAAUAUUGUUACUUUAAGAGAAAUAAUUCGAGAUUUAAUAGAAUAUUCAGAAUAUGAUAAAGCUAAAUUAAUUUUAAAAAAAAUAAAAUCAAAAAAUAAUUUAAAAGGGAAUGAUAAUGGCAUAUCUAUUUUAUUAUAUAAAUUAUAUUCUUCAAUUGAAUAUAUAGAUAUUGUUGUUGAAAAAUAUAUUAACUGUUCAGAAAUUUUAUUAAAAGAAGAAAAUAUGCAAUCAAAAGUUAUGAACAAGUCAUUAAAAUUGUUGGCUAAAGAAAAUUAUUUUCUUGAAAAAUCAAAAGAUAUUCAAAAAAAUAUUAACAAUUCAAAAGAAAAAGGAGAUAAAAAAAAAAAUCAAACAAUAUUUUUUGAAAACAAUCAAGAAAGUGAAGAUAAAAUAGAAAAAAAUGACGAUAACGAUUUAUUCUUCGAUUGCGAUGAUGACGAUUCUUACAACGAUGAACAUAGUGACAUUAUAAAUACAUAUACACAAAAAAAUAUUUGUAAACAUGAUAAUGACGUAGUUGAUAAUAGUGCUAGUUUAGAAAGCACAAAUAUGGAAGGCAUAACACUCGAAGAUAACCAUAUCGAUGAAAACGGAGGUAACAAAUUUGAUGAAAACGGAGGUAACAAAUUUGAUGAAAACGGAGGUAACAAAUUUAAAGAAAACGGAGGUAACAAAUUUGAAGAAAACGGAGGUAACGAAGAAAAGAAUAAGAAUGACGAAGCAAUAUCCUAUGAUAAUGAAAAAUUGAUUAAUAGGAGGGAAGAGGAAAAGGGUAUAGCAAUUCAAGAUGACAACGAUAAAAAUAAACAAGUUGAAGUAAAAAAGAUAGAUAAUUUUAUAUCAAAAAUCGAAGAAUGUUAUUCAAUUGAUAAAUGUGAAAUUCCCAAAAUGGAAAAUAAUAUGAGUAGUAGUGAUGAUGAAAGUGACGAUACAAAUAUGUUAAUAAAUAUGUGUAAUCGAAAAAAUAAGAAAUCACUAAAUUUUAGGAAUAUAGAUAUAUAUACAGAUAAAAGUAUUAAGAGACGAACAAAAUUACCUAGCCCAAGAACAGAUAUAAAAAUAAGUAUGUGGUCUUUAUUAAAAGAUUGUAUUGGAAAAGAUUUAUCACGUAUUGGUAUGCCGAUUUAUUUAAAUGAACCUUCAUCAUUUCUUCAAAGGUUAGCUGAAGAUUUUCAAUAUAUAUAUUUAUUAAAACAUGCAUCAAAUCAAAUUGAAACUACUAGUAGAUUAGCAUUUGUAACUGCAUUUACAAUAUCACCAUAUGCUUCAGUAAUAGGUCGAACCUUUAAACCAUUUAAUCCAUUAUUAGGGGAAACAUAUGAAUUAAUACACAGAAAUUUUUAUUUUAUUUCUGAACAAGUUGUUCAUCAUCCUCCUAUUACUGCAUAUCAUUGUCAUAAUGAAUAUAUGGAAAAUUUUGCUAGUAUUAUAGUAAAUGUACAAAUUUUGGGAAAAUCGGUUGAAGUUGUUACACCAGGAUAUAGCCACCUUAUACUAAAAUACAAAAAAAAAAAUUCAUCUUCAACUCCUGAUAUAGUUACUAAUAGAUCGUCUAGUCUAGCUGAUAAUAAACUUUUAGAAAAAAAUUGUGGAGAAAAGCUAAGCCAGAAUAUUAACAUUGAUGAAAAUAAAGAAGUAGACUCGGAAACAGUUAGGGAAAAGACGGUACCAGACAGUUUAUUUCCUGUAGACAAUGGAAAAAAUCAAAAUGAAAAGACAUUCAAUUUUAACAUUCCCAAUAAUAGUAAAGAGAUGAAGGAAAACAAAAUAAAUGAAAAAAAUAAGGAUGGUGAAGAAUAUGGGACAGAGCAUUAUACGUAUCAACGAGCUAAUAUGAUUAUUCAUAAUAUAAUAUUCGGUAAAAUAUGGGUCGAAUUGUAUGGAAAUAUAUUAAUAAGAAAUCAUAAUAAUGGUGAUUUUUCAAUUGUUAGCUAUUUAAAAAAAGGAUGGUUUGAUAAUGAAAUACAUAAAAUAAGAGGAAUAGUAUGUGAUAGAUUUAAAAAUGUAAUAUUUUUUAUUCAUGGAAAAUGGUCACAAGAAAUAUAUAUUGCUUAUGUAAAAAAUUUAAAAAAACAAAAUUACGAUACAUAUUUUUUUAAUGAAGAUGGAACAGAAAAUUCACAACACUUUAAUAGAAAUAAUUUAAAUGAAUUUAUUAAUAAUUUUGAUUGGAAGUUUUAUGAAGAUAAUAUAAAUAAUUUAAAUAGUAUAUGUGUUUGGAAAGCUCAAGAAAAACCAAAAAAUAAUGAACUUUAUUAUGGCUUUAAUAGUAUGACUAUGGAAUUAAAUGAAAUUUCACCUGAAUAUGACAGGUCAAAAGGGGCUUCAAUAGCUUGUACUGAUAGCCGAUUUAGACCUGAUCAAAGAAAUUAUGAAAAUGGAAAUAUUGAAAUUGCUAUGAAUGAAAAACAUCGAUUAGAAAAUAAACAACGAAUGAAUGCAAAAAAAUUUACAAAAAAUAAUCCAUAUAAACCUAAAUGGUUUAAUAAAAAUAAAGACCCUAUUUAUAAAGACAAGGAAAUGUACCUAUUUAAUAACACUUAUUGGGAAACUAAGAAAAAUCACAAUUUUACCGAUACCCCCGAUAUAUUUUAG